UUUCAUUCCUAGCAAUUAGCAUAGCACAGCAUUCGCAGCCUUUUUAUUCCAUUCUCCUCUCCUCUCGUCUCCUCUCUUGAUAUUUAUAUAUAUACACAUAAAAAGAGCUUGAUAUCUCCUCGAUCUUCGCAUUCUGCAAAUCAAUUGAGGGAUUGAGUAAAUUGGAAUGGCGAUGUAUAUCGUGUCACGGCGCCUCUCUACAGGAUCCACGACUUGGCGUUAUGGAAACUGGUUGAGGUCUUAUUCAACUGCCUUCAGAGAGGAGAGAGACACUUUUGGUCCCAUUAGUGUCCCUGCUGAUAAGCUAUGGGGUGCUCAGACGCAAAGAUCUUUGCAGAAUUUUGAUAUAGGCGGCGAUCGCGAGCGAAUGCCCGAACCUAUCAUUCGAGCCUUUGGUAUACUCAAGAAAUGUGCUGCCAAGGUGAAUAUGCAGUAUGGGCUUGAUCCUUCCAUAGGGAAAGCGAUAAUGCAAGCUGCCCACGAGGUAGCUGAAGGGAAGCUAAGCGAUCAUUUUCCACUGGUUGUGUGGCAGACUGGCAGUGGUACUCAAAGUAACAUGAAUGCUAAUGAGGUUAUUGCCAAUAGAGCAGCUGAGAUCCUUGGGCAUAAGCGUGGGGAAAAGUUUGUGCACCCUAAUGACCACGUGAACAGAUCACAAUCUUCUAAUGACACAUUUCCAACUGUAAUGCAUAUUGCAGCUGCAACGGAGAUAAAUUCAAGAUUAAUCCCAAAAUUGAAAACUUUGCACUUGACACUCCAUUCAAAGUCAGUUGAAUUCAAAGAUAUUGUUAAAAUUGGGCGCACGCACACUCAAGAUGCAACACCAUUGACACUUGGGCAAGAGUUUAGUGGCUACACGACACAAGUGAAGUAUGGAAUUGAUCGUGUCAUGUGCACGCUACCCCACAUGUAUCAGCUUGCACAAGGUGGAACUGCUGUGGGGACUGGAUUAAACACAAAGAAAGGGUUUGAUGUAAAGAUAGCUUCAGCAGUGGCUGAGGAAACAAACCUGCCAUUUGUCACAGCGGAAAACAAGUUUGAAGCUUUGGCUGCACAUGAUGCUUUUGUUGAAACUAGUGGAGCACUCAACACAGUUGCUACUUCUCUGAUGAAGAUUGCAAAUGACAUACGGUUAUUAGGAAGCGGUCCACGAUGUGGUCUUGGUGAACUCAUUCUUCCUGAAAAUGAGCCAGGAAGUAGUAUAAUGCCGGGAAAGGUUAAUCCCACCCAAUGUGAGGCUCUCACAAUGGUCUGUGCUCAGGUUAUGGGAAAUCAUGUUGCCAUAACAGUUGGUGGAUCAAAUGGUCACUUUGAACUAAAUGUAUUCAAGCCAAUGAUCGCUAGUGGCCUCCUACAUUCAAUAAGGUUGCUUGGUGAUGCAUCUGCUUCCUUUGAAAAGAACUGUGUGAGGGGUAUUCAAGCCAAUAGGGAAAGAAUUUCGAAAUUACUGCAUGAGUCGCUGAUGCUUGUCACAUCAUUGAACCCUAAAAUUGGUUAUGACAAUGCUGCAGCAGUUGCCAAGCUGGCCCACAAGGAGGGAAGUACUCUGAAGGAAGCUGCACUAAAACUCGGAAUGCUCACCAGUGAAGAAUUUGAUACACUCGUAGUCCCUGAAAAAAUGAUCGGGCCAACUGACUGACAAAGUUGCAAAGAGUUUCCAGCUUCUGAGAAUUGAUUUCCCAAAAUUUCAAGCAUCGAACAAGGUUAUCCGUUUUAGCUUUGCAACAUGUUAAAUCAUUUGAUGUGGAAUAAUGCGAUCAGUAGUGAACAUUAUUUUGUUAAACAAUAUUCUUAGAGGUUUCCCGCCAACUGGCUUCUCUCAUUUUUCAAAAAUGCAGCAGUAACCCUUGAUGAGGUUAAUAAUGGGAAUCUUCCCUCAUUUUGUAGCGGACAUGUGAGAAAUUCACAUGCUAGAAUGAAAGAAAUGAUUUUCUUUUGGCAA